AAUUCAUCCCAACAACAACCCCAAACUCAAAAUACGUCAAACUCAAACCAAAAUCCUUCGAAUCAGUCAAAUCAAUCCACAACCUCCCAAACGCCACCCACAAGAAGAUCCUCGUUUGGGCUUAAUUUUCUUAGCUCGUUUACAAAUUCAAUCAGACCAAGUCUUCAAUCCUCGGGCUCAAGCUCAAAUACUCAUGUUGCUCCUACUACCUCAAAUACUAAUCGUCCAGCAUCCCCAACUCGUGAAAACCCCAAUCUGUUCAUGUCUAAUAGUCCUACUAUUGCCAACUUGCAUAAUUAUACUUCUACAACCGCCGUAACUUACGCUAAUGAAAAUAAUAUUGAUCCUAUUAAUGAAAAUAUAAACGAUCACACUGUCACUCCUGAUUCUCAUAAUCCAACUACCGGCUCUGCUUUUGGAUCCGAAACUAAUCUUCAAAAUGGGUCUCAUCUAAAUGGUUGUUAUUCAGUUAGACUAACUCCUUUAAUUGACCACUCUUCUGCCACAUCAGGCCUUUAUUUUGCUCCAGUUAUUAGAAAAAUUAAACCAAGUAAUAAUAUUUCAAUUGGUAGGUAUACUGAGAAAAAUAAACUGGCUGCUCAUGCUCCUCAGGGUUCAUCUGCUCCAAUAGUUUUCAAAUCUAAAGUUGUCUCCAGAACCCAUGCAUUAUUUCAAUGUAACGAAGAUGGUCAAUGGUUCUUAAAAGAUUGUAAAUCUUCGUCAGGUACCUUUUUAAAUCAUAUUCGUUUAAGUCCGGCAUCACUGGAGUCUACAUUAAUGCCAUUAAUUGAUGGUGACAUAAUUCAGUUGGGUAUGGAUUACAGAGGUGGGAUUGAAGAGGUUUAUAGAUGUGUUAAAAUGAGAUGUGAAUUCAAUAAGAGUUGGCAACGUAAAGUCAACCAAUUUAACUUGGAAAUUCAUCAAAAAUUGAAAAACUUACAUCUUGGUAAUAGUACUGAUGAAUUAUCAGAAUGUGCUAUAUGCUUACUUAAAUUGGAGCCUUGUCAAGCUUUAUUCAUAAGUCCAUGUUCACAUUCGUGGCAUUACAAAUGUAUAAGACCAAUUAUUAUUAAGAGUUAUCCCCAAUUUUACUGUCCUAAUUGUCGUUCAAUGUGUGAUUUAGAAACUGAUAUCGAGGAUGAUGAU